AUGAAGUACCUUGCAGUUCUCUUCACCAUUGUUGCUCUCGCCGAAUGUCUCGUUAAGAUUCCCUUGCAGAGAGGGACGAAAGUAAGAGACACUCUCAAGGAGAAAAAUCUGCUGGAAAAUCUUCUUCAGAAAUACCGUUAUGACAUUGGUAUAAAAUACAACUCAGAUAUUUCUAAUGCUGCCCAGGUGGCUGAAGAACCACUUCUGAACUCUUUUGAGACUGAAUACUAUGGAACAAUCUACAUUGGAACCCCACCACAGAAGUUCACUGUUGUGUUUGAUACUGGAUCAUCCACUCUCUGGGUACCCUCUCUCUAUUGCAGUAGUCAAGCAUGCCAAACACACCAUAGAUUUGACCCACGUAAGUCUUCUACCUUCCAAGGAACAGGACAGCCAUUCUCCAUUAAGUAUGGGAAAGGAAGCAUGGAAGGGAUCUUUGGACUUGAUACAGUCAAGGUAUCCAGUCUUUCCAUUUCUCAUCAGGGAUUUGGCUUGAGUACCACUGAGUCAGGUAAAGCCUUUGUCAACAUGACAUUUGAUGGGAUCCUGGGCUUAGCCUACCCCUCCCUUUCUGAAGAAAAAGCAACUCCAUUCUUUGAUAGCCUGAUGAAGGAAGGCUUGCUUGAGAAACACCAAUUUUCUGUUUAUCUCAGCAGAAAGAAAAGAGGAAGUGAGUUCAUUUUUGGUGGAAUUGAUCAAUCUCACUAUACUGGUCGUAUUAAUUGGAUACCUGUUAAUUAUCAGUCAGGUUUUUGGCAGAUUGCACUGGAUAGCAUUUUAGUGGAUGGUACAGAGAUUGCCUGCAAAGGUGGAUGCCACGGAAUCAUUGAUACAGGGACAUCCCUCUUGCUUGGCCCAAAAUAUGAGAUGAUUAAAAUCGAAAAAGCCAUUGGAGCCACUCCAACACACUUUGGCAUAAGUGAAAUCAACUGCAGUGAACUCUCCAAUAUGCCAGAUGUUGUUUUUGUAAUCAAUGGAAUCCACUAUCCAUUGCCGCCAUCAGCCUACACUCUUAAGGACAAACAAGUCGGCUGCUUUAGUGGUUUUGGAUACUCAUUUGAUGGCAGUUGGAACCUAGGAGACGUGUUCAUCAGAGAAUACUACAGUAUCUUUGACCGGGAGAACAACCAAGUUGGACUGGCAAAGGCAGUCUAA